GGCCAGUGACAAACAAACCGUCGGAGUGAGAGGAUGCACGCUGCCGCUCCUCCGCGCGCCUUACUACUACACGGCAAUUUGAGCUCCAAUUUCUAAGUGUCAUGUGAAGUGAAUAAGUGAGAGUGAGUGAGAGCGCCAAGGGGGAGAGGAGAGAGUCGAGAUGACGCCGCCACCAGAUUUAAUGAUGCAGAUAACGGAGCUGCAAGGCGCCGUAGUGGAGAUGAAAUCCACUUUAGCUGAGGCUGUGGCGAAGCUGGGGGCGGCUGUGGAGGAGGAGCGCAAGAAGACAGCAGCAGCGGGAGGAGGAGGAGGAGGAGGAGAGGAGCUGGUGGAGGAGGCAAGGAAGAACUGCCAGACCAAUACAGCGGAGGUCCUUAAGCUUGUUCUGUCCCUCAAAGCUGAUCUGACCGGCUUGCAGAAGGACGUGGUGGGCGUGAGUGAGCGGCAGGACAGCUUGCAGGCCACCCUCUCCCAGCUGCUGGAGGAGAGGAAGAUGCUGGUUGCGGACCUCUCCCAGGCUGGCGUCAUCUCCCUUCACACGCGUUCCAAGUUGGAGGGGCGCAGCAGCCUGCCCCCUACGGACAUCAUGGGGGUAAUGGGGGGCGGGGUGGGUGGUGGUGGGUCUAGAGGGGGCAGCGGUAACCAUAGCAACGACUCAGGUGUGGCGCUGUUGCUGGAGAGGGCGCACCUGGCCUUUGGGGGGCAGACCACACCCCCUCCCCCCCCCACCACGCACAGGACCUCAGACCAGGACUCCCUCCCCGAGCAGCCCUCCCUUCUGGUCCCUCCCUCUGUGUAUGACUAUGUGGCAGGACUGAGGACUCACCCCCCUGCCCCUCCUGCACCCCCCUCCUCCACUGGGCCCCUCCAGGAGACACACGCCCCUCCAUCCAGGCCAGGAGGAAACAACACCAACAACAACAACAACAACAACAACAACAAAGAAAACAAGAAGAGCGACAGGGACCGAAACAGACGACAAAACCAGAACAAACACAACACAGAAAACAGAAACACAUGCUGAAUUUGUUGAUGACGACGAUGAUGACGAUGACGAUGAUGAUGACCACCUUUACGACUCCGACUCAUCGCUCACCAUCGCUGCCAACAAAUCACUGAGUCUCACCACCUCCCUGAGCCAGCAGUGUGACCUCCAGCUCCACCAGGCC